GGUUACGCACUUCGGCAGUGUACUCGUCCACGCAUCCCACACUCGUCCAAAACCGAUCACACCAUUUCGCACCACAUGCUCGCGACGACGUGACGACGUGUUGUCAAUGUGGUAAAACUCUUCAACUAGUCGCGACACCGUUCGUAAAUUCGCGCACUCCGAUGGUGAACAACACACAACUUCACCUUUAGCCGGGCGCCCAGGAAUAUCGGUGAUCACCAGUCAUGAUGAUGCGCAAUUCGCACCUGCAGAGUUCAAGUUAAAGUUGGAAGCAGUGCAAAAUAGUGUGCAAACUGGAUGACACAACAACCUAACUAAUAAACGACAAAUACCCACUACGAUCUCUCUUUGCAACGAAAACGUGCACGACGAACAUGUUAUACCUGUAGUGAUGAAAAGUUAGAGUAAAAAAUUCUAAUUUAAUGCACAUAUUCCUAACAAGGUGAUAAACUGAAGGUCUGUGUGACACCGCAACUAUUUCACACUGAAAGUGAUUGUAUUUUGGAUAGUUUAGUACUUGGCAUAUUGCUGAAUUGAAUGACUCAUGAUGAAACUGUACAAGCAACGGUUGCUGACUGAUAGUCAAUUAAAAAGGCUUGGGGAUCACAAGUAUUCCUGCACCAGUGCAAGCCUUUGUGAUCCUGUCCUGCAACCAUGGUGGACAUGGCUUGUGGCAAGGACACCGCUCUGGCUGGCGCCAAAUUUGAUUACUGUAGUAGGUUUAUUAGUUAAUAUACUGACUACUUUGAUACUAGUUUGGUAUUCCCCGGAUGCAAGAGCCGAACCACCACGAUGGGCAUGUGCGUUAUGUGGCCUCGGUCUAUUUAUUUAUCAAACAUUGGACGCCAUGGACGGGAAGCAAGCCCGACGCACUGGCAGUGCCAAUCCACUAGGAGAAUUGUUUGACCAUGGGUGUGAUUCCCUUUCGACUGUAUUCGUCGCCCUUUCUGCUUGUAUCGCUGUGCAGUUAGGACAUCAUUCAGAAUGGAUGUUUUUCCAAUGUUUUUGUGCGAUGACAUUGUUUUACUGCGCGCAUUGGCAAACAUAUGUAUCAGGCACGCUGCGAUUCGGCAAGGUGGACGUCACCGAAGCGCAGUUUACCAUCAUCGGUAUUCAUAUGAUAUCAGCGAUUUUCGGGCCAAAUAUUUGGACGACUGUGUUCUUUAACGGCACUGUAGAGCUAUGGUACGGAAUUCCAUGCUCGACGUUCGCGUGCGGCCUCUGGUCGCUUUACAACAUGCUAACCGUGAUUAUAACCGGCGGCAUCGGCAAGAACGGAUCAACGGUUGCUAUUCCAGGCGUUGAGGUGACACUGCGUCUCGUCUUCGUGUACGUCGCGUGCUUAGUCUCGUUGAAGCUCGCCUACGCCACCGCGAAGGUCGUGCUCGCCGGAGGAGUAGGCAAGAACGGAUCCACGGUGGCUGGCACGAGUGUUUUGUCGCCGAUCAUUCCAUUCUCCACCGUGUUGGUGCCAGCCUUCAUCAUUUACAGAAAAAGUACCGAAAUGGUCUACGAAGCGAAUCCUUCACUGUAUAUCUUGGCGUUUGGUUUUGUUGCUGUGAAAAUUACGAAUCGUUUAGUGGUGGCGCAUAUGACUAAAUCUGAAAUGGAUUACAUGGAUUGGUCCCUGCUUGGUCCUGCAAUGUUAUUCCUCAAUCAGUACUUUAACACUUUCAUUCCCGAAUACUACGUACUGUGGAUAUGUUUGAUUUACGUAACAAUCGACAUGCUGCGCUACUGCUAUCAAAUCUGUUACGAGAUUUGUCAGUACCUCAACGUGGAACUCUUCCGGAUACCAUACCCGGGUGGACCACGUCCCCACAACGUGCACGUGCAAACCAGCGCCACCGGCUCGGAGAAAAAUGGACACGAUUCACUCGACAAACCGGCGGAUAGCGUGCCGUUAUUACUAGCGCAAUCAGACUCUGAUUAGCGAAACACGACAGAUUGAGUGAGAUUACGAUCGCGUUGAAAAUGGACCAUAUUUUAAGUACAAAUGUAUUCGUAGAAUUUGUAUUGUAAACGAGCAGCAAGCGACUUUAUAUUAUGAUGAUGUUAGCAUGGGAAUGAAUUAUUGUUUAAAUAUAUAGACAUAUUUAGACUAGGCGAAUUCAUUUUCUUUUCGUUUGCGUCGAGAAAUAAAUGCAGUCCAUGAAAUGUGCCUGAUGAAUUACUGUGCUUGUCAAUAAAUUCAUUACUGUGAAUGA